UGACCUUAUCUACGAAUGCAUGGAGCACGUGAACGCCUUCUUCUCAACAGCAACACCCAGAAGUUCACACCACUAUACUGUCCUGUACUCCUGUAUAUAAGCAAAGACAGGAAAGUCAAGAGAGAAGAGGAGCGGAGCUACAAGAAAACAGAAGGAGAAAACAUCGUGGAGAAGAGGUAUCGGCGCAGUGAUGGAGCAACCAAACCAAUGGUUAACUCAGCCGAGGAUGAGCUAGCGUACAUGUACCAGCAAGACGGGCAUGUACCCGGCAUGGAGCAGCAGUUCGCGGAGCCGCCGCCACUCCCCGAUCAACAUCGAGAGCAGUACUACACGUCGCCGAUGGCAACCCCGUCAUCGUUCCAUCCACCUCGCAGCUCCAAUUUCCAGAGCUUUGGGGGCUCAUCGUCAUUGCCCAACCUGUCCUUCGGAGCGAUGCCGGCCGUCAAGGAUGAGCAAGGGCAGCCGCCAUCGAACUUCCUCUCCUUCGGCGGCCAGGCCAUGGCCACCACCCUCAACUUCUCCGGGGGAUCCGGCAGCUGGCAGCAGGACGGCAUGGAGGCCGUGCAGCUGCAGGCGCCGGAGAGGCGGAGCAGGGCGCCGGGCAACGCGCAGGAGCACGUCAUGGCCGAGCGCAAGCGGCGCGAGAAGCUGCAGCAGCAGUUCGUGUCUCUGGCCACCAUCGUCCCUGGCCUCAAGAAGACGGACAAGAUAUCUCUGCUGGGGAGCACAAUCGAGUACGUGAAGCAGCUGGAGGAGAAGGUGAAGGCCCUGGAGGAGCAAGGCACGCGGAGGUCGGCCGAUUCCACCACCGUGUUCGAGAGCAAGUGCUGCAUAUCCGCCGGAGCCGACAACGACGCGGCCGCCGGCACCAGCGGUGGCGGGGGCGGAGGAGAUGGCGGCGAGUACUCGAGCCCUGCCGUGGAGGCCGGCAUCCGGGGCAACACGGCGCUCCUGAAGAUCUGCUGCAAGGAGAGGAGAGGCGUGCUGGUGAUGGUGCUCUCCGAGCUCGAGAACCAGGGCCUCUCCAUCAUAAACACCAACGUCGUGCCCUUCACCGACUCCUGCCUCAACAUCACCAUCACGGCAAAGAUCGAAGAGGGCUUUUCGUCUGCUGUCGAUCUUGUGAAGAACCUGACCACGGCUCUCAGAAAUUUCAACUGAAAGUCUGAAAGUAAAUGGAGACGAUUGUACAUAUGACUGACGAUUAGACAUUUUUUCCUCUUCUUCUGUUUUAACAUGAACAGUAGUUCCGGCCUUCUAGGGGAGUAGUUGUUGAGUUUGGUCACCGUAUCCAUUGUACGCGUGUUAAGUCUGUAACCAUUUCGGUAAUACCACUAACCUGAUCUCCUCUGGUUUCGUGUUUCAUGUAUUCUAUCUAUAAGAAUGUUCCAGAAUUGUUUA